UUCGUGUGGAAAAUGAAAGGGAUCGACCUCCCGCGGCGGGCCGUGGGCUCUUCUCUCUAUUCCAGACGGGGCCUCGCGUGCUGGAUUCAUCCCAUGCUAGCAGACGAAUACAGAGAAGUACAUUUAAUAUGUGGGCAAAAAGUCAGGAAGUGACCGUUGUGAUAACAUACAAAGACGGGUUGUUGUUGUUUUUUUGUCGCAUUCACAGCAGUGUGGUUUGAAUCGGAUCUAGAUUCAGAUGAGUACUGAGUACUACACCGUUGUUAAAUAUCUAAUUUAAAAAACAAAUAUAAAAUGGGAGGAAAUGCAUCGCCAGUUUCCUUUCUUAAAAAGAAAACUCUUGGAGGGAGCUGCUGUUAAAACACGGCAACAUAUAUUUUUAAUACAGAGAAAGGAACAUUUUAAGCUAUUUGACCUUGACUUAAUGAUUCCAAUAGAAGUUACUUUAAUCCUAUUUUUUCCUUAAAAGAAAAUGAUGUGGGGUAUAAAAUAAGACUAAAUAGGCGCAAUGAAACACAUUUCUGAAAGUCUCCUGGAUCAAAUAGGCCCGCUGGUCCUUUAAGGGUUAACGUUUGUCCAUCCUAGACCACCUCCCAGUUAUGAUUCAGCAUGCAUCCGUUCUGUCUGGCACAGCACAUCCACAGACCACGUUCAAUAAGAACAACAAAAAAGAUUUGCUCCAUCUUUUUUACAAGAAUGUCUGAUCUACUCUGCAAGGCCUCUGCCAAAGGAAAUUUACACAGUGUGUUGUUUUUGCUGCAAAAUGGAGCAUCUGUCAAUGGCUUUAAUAAAUACAACAGGACUGCUCUGCAGGUGGUUCAAUUGGGCAGCACCGCAGUGAUCGAGGCUCUUCUCCGGGCAGGUGCAGACCCGAACCUCCGCGACCCGGUCUUGGGUCUCACCGUGAUGCACGACGCCGCCCGCGAGGGAUUUGCAGAUUCCGUGCGCGUGUUGUUGGCCUACGGGGCAGACCCAAACCUCGUGGAUGACACCGGUAACCUGCCGCUUCACCUUGCAGCCACGGAGGGCCACCUGGAGGCCACCCGGCAGCUGAUCGCAGCCACCGCGGACCCGCGCGCGCCAAACGGCCUGGGACACAGCGCCGGGCAGGAGGCGCGCAUCCACAAAAGGGUGGAAACUGCCCAAUACAUCGAGGAUUACCUGGGUACAGACUAAAGGACGGGAGGACGGGGAGGAUGAAGAUAAAACCCAUUAUUCCCUUGCCUAGGGCAUAUGAGACAAUAAAAGUCAUGAAUCCCUGUU